UACUAUGCCACCUGCCGAGGAAAAGAUGCACGGGAACGAGGAGAUCAAGCUGUCUGACUUUCUCAAAGCUGACGAGCGCCUCGCAACUGGAGGGUCUUUCACGAUGGAGGAGAUUGCGGAGGAGAUGCUGUGCAGUGAGGAGCCGGUGGAAAGCGAAGACGAGAAGAUUGAGGAAGAAACUGUUCCGAUCGAGGAAGACCAGCACGCUUGGAGCACUGUACGGAAGUUCUUACAACAGAGAAGCGGGAAGCCCAGUGUGAUGCAAGCGUGCCAUCGACUAGACAACAAGUUGUACGAGAUCCGCCAAAAGAACAUGCCCCAGCCGACGAUUCUCGAGAGCUUUGGACUGAUGGGUAACUUGAGCAAAUAAAGCCGUUUUUACGAACCCUCACUACUAUGCCACUUUUGCUAGGACCUGGUAGGUGGCAUAGUGGCGAGAUUUGACUGUAGUGGAAUAAGUGGGAGCAUGUUCUAAAUGUCAGGGAUCUGAUUUCUUUCUGUGCACAAAACAGAAUAUUGAGUAGGAGGUUGCUCUUCAUGUCAGUAGGCCUAAGUGUUAAUUAAAUGUUUUAUCAUGUCAACAAAAGCAGUUUCAAUGACAGUAGAAACCUUGUCUAGCACUAGCACUAGUUUAUAAUGCACUGUGCACAAGUUGUGUGCAAUCAGUUCUCUGGUAAACCACCUACAUCAGUGCCAAAUGAGUUAUUGACCUCCACACAAAUGAUCCACAUAAUGGGAAAAAAAGCAAAAGCAUGAGUAAACUGAAUUGUCUGUCUUCUUGCAACACACACACAAUAAAAAUAAUCUAACAGUUGCCACACACUUUAAAUUUAGCCCCCACACAUUAAAAUGCCAUUUUCUAUGUAAUUAAAAAAAAAAAA